AGUCCUUGGUUCUACUGAACCUCUGCGCAGGAACAAUACUUGCAUUGCUACUGUACAUCGUCACAUCAAUUUGGGUUGUUUUCCGCACCGGUAGCUGUGGAUUCUAUCCAGAACUCUCGUCUCCGCUCCGUUGGAAUUUGUAAAGCUACCGCCAACCCCGAAAAAGUUCCCUCGGCAGUACGACUCGAUAUAGACAUGCCCAUGCUUGCGGGUCUAGCAAGGCAUGACGUCGGCACUUUUUUUUGCAUGCAGCAGCACAGUAUCUGACCCCCUCUUUUCACUUUGGGCUCGGGCGUUCUUUCAUCCCAUUACAAAUGCUAAAGAGCUAUCGGGUCGGACGAUGGGGUAUAUAAUGACCGCUUGGUCACCCGUUGGAGGGUUGUGGAAGAAUAGUUCCGAAGCAUCAAUCCUUGGGAUAUUCAAUCAAGCCUCGAAAGACUUCAACCCGAAAGCAUAACACAUCAAACCAACUUCACAAAAUGGCUGGUACCGACUACAAGUUUGAGGGCUGGCUGGGUGACUCGCCCGAGUCUGUCAACGGCAAGAUGCGUUGGGGAGAGUUUGAGCCCAAGAAGUGGACGGAGGACGACGUCGACAUCAAGAUCACACACUGCGGUAUCUGUGGUUCGGAUCUGCACACACUCUCAUCUGGCUGGGGUCCCACACCUUACCCCUGCUGUGUCGGCCACGAGAUCGUCGGCCGCGCUGUUCGCGUCGGCAACAACGUCAAGGACAUCAAGGUCGGCGACCGGGUCGGUGUCGGUGCCCAGGCCCGCAGCUGCAUGCGCUCGGACUGCCCCGAGUGCUCCAUCGGCCGCGAGAACUACUGCUCGACCAAGGGCCAGAGCGUACAUACAUACGGCGGUGUCUACCCUGGCGAUGAGGGCAAGUCGUACGGCGGCUAUGCCACCUACAACCGCACCAACGCCAAUUUCUGCAUCAAGAUACCCGACGGCAUUCCCUCAGAGUAUGCCGCGCCCCUCAUGUGCGGCGGCGUGACCGUCUGGACCCCGCUCAAGGACAACAAGUGCGGACCGGGCAAGAACGUCGGCAUCGUCGGCGUUGGCGGCCUGGGUCACUUUGCCGUCCUUUUCGCCAAGGCCAUGGGCGCAGACAAGGUCGUGGGAGUGUCGAGGCGCGAGUCCAAGCGUAAGGAGGUCAUGUCCCUGGGAGCCGACGACUACAUCGCGACCGAGGACGAGAAGGACUGGGAGAAGCACCACCGCCGUAGCCUGGACCUCAUCAUCUGCACCGUCUCGCACACGGGCAUGCCGCUCGACAAGUACCUGAUGCUGCUCAAGCCCAACGGCAUCCUGAUCAACGUCGGCGUCCCCGAGGGUGGCGAGCUGCCCAACAUCAACGCCUUCACCCUCAUCGCCAAUGCCGUCAGCGUCGGCGGCAGCCUGAUCGGCAGCCCCCGCGAGAUCCGCGAGAUGCUCGAGUUCGUCGCCGAGCACGACAUCAAGCCCUUGGUCGAGACGAGGCCGAUGAAGGAUGCCAACCAGGCCAUUCUCGACAUGGAGGCCGGGAAGGCCAGGUACCGUUAUGUGCUGGUCAAUGAGGAGAACCAGUAAACUGGCAAGUUGAUUUUUCUGACGGAGCAAUGACAUGAGCAAUGAUAUUUUUGCAUUUUAUUUCCCCUAUGAUAUUGGGUUAGUCGUGGGAAGCGAUAAAAAUCGACACAGUCUCGCAGCGGCUGUAUUAUGGUGUUUGGUAUAGACUUUGGGGGGGGGCGUUUGAGAAUAGUGUAUAGAGUCGAGUCGGAAUUAAUCGAAUGUUAAAAUAAUGACGCGUCGUUCCCGAGGUUUUAAGUGUGUGUGCAAGAUUCAUGAGUAGAUGGCCUGCAAAAAGAUGUGGAGGUAGUAAUUUCCCGAAGUCAGGUUGCUUGACAGAGUAGCAAUGCGACGAGUUCUCAACCGGAAGGUGGGAAAAUACUAAAGUAAGUCUAAAACUCUAAGAUAACGAAAUCAGAGUCAUAUAAUGUGCAUACAAGCAAAAGUAGUCAUGCCCAACGGCAUUUUCCUGCAGUCCGGUCAGUGUUACUUACUUACUUGGCAGCCCAGACACUGCGAUUACUCAUGCUGAGGCUGUCUGUCCUUUCAAAAUUAUACUUUUGUGUCACCGUCAAGUUGGCUGCUUGGCAGAACCGACUCCGCCUUGGCGAACGACAUUGGACAUCAAUCAAACUUGGCUUUAAAUUGAACAAAAAGAAUGACGGGGUAAUCAUCUAUGAAUAAUUGAAAGGCUUGGCUUAGGGUUGCACACUGACUAGUUCAUCGUUGUGCU